AUGUCUCAGCUCAAGCGGAAGUUGCGCGAACAGCAGGCUGUCAUCGGAGCCGAUAGCCGCCUGCUGCCCUCAAACUAACCCAAAAUUCUCCGUUGAAAGCGUCUUUAGGUGAAGGACGAACUUUCCGACGUGGUAAUAUGGACGAAGACGUGUUGACGACUCUGAAGCUGCUGAUUAUUGGCGAAAGUGGAGUCGGAAAGUCCAGGAAGGUCGCUAAAGCUGUUUGCCUGCAAACAAUAGGCAAGUGUACUGCCUCCCUUGCUCAUCUCAUCUUUAUUUCCUCCCCCAACAGCCUCCUCUUGAGGUUCACAGACGAUACUUUUGACCCAGAGCAGUCAGCCACAAUAGGUGUUGACUUCAAAGUGAAGACCCUCUCAAUAGAAGGAAACAAAGCAAAGCUGGCCAUCUGGGACACAGCUGGACAGGAGAGGUUUCGCACUCUGACACCCAGCUACUAUCGCGGUGCACAGGGAGUCAUACUUGUGUAUGAUGUCACGAAGCGCGACACAUUUACGAAGCUCGAAAACUGGCUGAACGAGCUGGAGACCUACUCGACCCGUAACGACAUUGUAAAGAUGCUGGUCGGGAACAAAAUCGAUAUGGACGACAGGGAAGUUGACAGAAACGAGGGGCUGAAAUUUGCCAGGAAACACUCAAUGCUUUUUAUCGAGGCCAGUGCAAAGACCAAAGAUGGUGUCCAGUGUGCCUUUGAGGAGCUGGUGGAGAAGAUCCUCCAGACUCCAGGACUCUGGGAGAGUGAAAGCCAGGGCCAGAGGAUCCAGCUCGGGGACCACGACCACCAGGCCGGAGGCAGGGCGUGCGGAGGAUACUGCUCCAUACCCUGA